GGCAGUGAUACAGAACAUGAAUGUGCCAAAAUUCUUAGUGAAUAAAUGGCUGAAUAUCCAAAACCCUCAGUCUAGGUUUGCUCAGCCUCAUUGUCAGAUCGACAAUCAAGAGGAUAUCUCCAUUUAUUCUGAGUCUAGUAUGUCAAAGAUAUCAUCAAUGAACCUUCGUAAGAGUUCGUUUGUCUCUCUAAAGAAGAAUAAUAAGGACAAAAAAGAGCGCUUGGCAAUAAAAAUUAGCGGUUUAUCUAUUACUCUUGGCAUAAACGAAAACGCCUUGACGUGUAAAUAACCAAGAAAAAGCUAGAAGCAAAUUUUUCCAAAAUACACAGGGCAAUAAUACGACACUAAAGCCACCUGAAGAGCAAGAAAUAAAACUGAGUGAAGAAUCUCAGCAAAGCCCCUUUAAAGAUGUGAACCGAGAUGCCUGUAAAAGGCCUAGCUUGUUCGAGUAUCCUAUCUUUGAGUUCGGCAAAUCUGAAGACAAGUCUUCAGUGUCCGGUGAUAACACAAAGGAAGAUGAAUAUUUAGAAAAUAUUGAAGAAGAGCAAGGCCAACAGCCAAGAAUUAAUGUCCUUGAUGGAGAACCUCAGAAAAUUUUGGAGAAAAAUGAGCAGGAAGUUUCUAUCUUCUCUGAAAAAGACCAACCGAAAUCUAUUCAUAUCAGUACUAGAAGUAUUGAUUCUCAGGACGAAAUUUGACCGAAAAUAGAAUUUGUGAAAAUAACACAAAAGGAAAAUACUACAGCCAAGAAAUUAUCCAGAGAGCAGAAAUUAAAUCAGAUAUGUCAAAAUAACUGCGAUGCCGAUUUAUUCCGUAAUGAAAGGAUAAACAAUGUUGCUAAUUCCUUUCUUCCGACUAAUCCUGUGCUCAGUGCUAUCCAGAACCGUACUGCUAAGAAGCAGCAGAGAAAGAUCCCUAUUAGCAUAAACACCUCUAAAAUAAAGGGAGGCAUCUUCCGUAGGAACAGGAUUAAGGAAGAGAAGGAUAAAACUCUUCAGCUACAGAUCUGAAAUUUUAAGAAAUAUGAAGAAAUCGCUAACAAUUUUGAGCUCAGGAAUUACAUCGCGAGGCAGAACAAGUUGCAAGCUGUACAGAUUAAAACAGCAAAUAGAGCGAAACGCGUUCAUAAUCAAAAUCUCGGCUUCAACCAUCCCAAAUCCAGGCGCAAAAGGAACAAAUUUAGGAGUAUUGAUGAUGCUAAGAAAUUCAAAAGAGCAAAGGCUAAGAAUAAUUUCCUCGCAGCGACACCUGAGCUGAUAAUAUCCUCAAAUACUCAGAACCUUAUGCCUUUGCCGAAGAUAAAGAAGGGGAGGAAUUUGGAGCAUUUCACUUCGAGCUAUAUUAAUCCUCUAAGUGUCUACAUAAAUAGGAAAAGAAGUAAACUGAAUUAUUUAAGCAAGUCUCGGCAUAACAGUUCGUUGAACCAUUCAAUCGACUCUAGGCACAGCUAUAAUGCAGAAGCAGGGGAAAACAACUUACAUAGUAUCUCUGUUCAGGGUUCUCAUAUUUCAUUUGUGGAUUGUAAGUAGGAGCUC